AUGGCGCACUUGUCAGCUUUUCAAGAUCUUUUAGCAGAAGAGGGAAUAACUGAGGAAGUUUGCUUUCAGCUUGGUGAGACAUUUGAUGCAGCAAUGUCGGAUGAAGCAUGGGUACGACUGAUAAGCGCUUACAAUGCAAUGAAGAAGGACCAUGGGGAAGAGAACGAGGUGGUAAGGGUUUGUAGACUAAUUGAAGACAGCAAGGCUGCAGAGGAAUUCACUCAGAUGAAGGCAUGCCUAGGGGCAGUGGUGCAUCCCGCAGGUCAAGUAUGGCCAUACAAGUUCGUACAUGCCCUUCUCCGCAUAGUUCUCAAAGGAGGUAAUUUGAACCUGCAAGCGCAUACGCCAGCUGAAAGCGUCUCAGAGCGAGACCACUCCGGUUGGAUAACUGUCAAGACCGGCCGAGGGUAUGUACGAACAAAGACCGUGGUGCAUGCAACAAACAGAUGGGCAUCUCAUCUCCUUCCAGAGUUCAAUAAUAUCAUCUUUGGGAACAGAGCGACUUUGGCAUCUAUCAAAGCACCGGAGGGUUUUAUCAAGCACACAGGUGCCCAACAUUGGGACAGUAUAGUGAAUAAUUACCAUCUUCAACUUCCGCCGCCUUAUAACAGCAUCAUUCUUGGUGGAGCAAGAUCUCUUCUUGUACACACCCCUCAAGAAUGUUUCCCAAAUGACGAAGAGAAUAAACAAUUCAAGGGUGCUGCAGAUUUCUUCCAAUCAUGGCCCAACUCAGACGUUAUGGGAUGGCCUGAUAAGUAUCCAGUAGAGUUAGCUAAGAAUGUUGAUGAGGGUGGCUGUUGGUCGGGUAUUGAAUCUAUGAGCAUCGAUGCAUUUCCUUUUGUCGGUGAUGUUCCAAAGCGAAAUGGACACUUCGUUGUGGCUGGAUUUUCAGGUCACGGAAUGCCUCGUGUUCUACUUUCUACCGCCCAUAUCACACCUCUCAUUUUGGAUACCUUGGACAUCAAGUACACGCCUCCCUCCCUCGUUGCGCCAUACCCGCCUCUGCCUCAACCAUUUCAGGCAACGGCCAAACGGAUUGAUUCCCUCCAAAAGGUUAACUCUUCUGCCAUUUUUGAACAGAAGUCCAAAGACUGUCUGGAAAGUGCAAAGAAACCCUUUUGUCGCGAAAUCCCGAAUUGCUCGAGGUCUUAA